AUCAGGUUUCUGGAAAUCCAACUAAACUCCAGGUCUGUUGGAAAGGUCUUUUUGUAGAUUGCUGUGCUAUGCUUUGCAUGACUAAGACGUCUUACCAUUCCUGAAGGACAGACUAUAAGAACGCUGCUAAGAAGUGCUGAAGUGGCAAUGAAACAGCCCAACAGGAAGAGAAAGCUUGGCAUGGAUUCCAAAGAGCACUUGGAUCAGGAUGGAUGCUUGGAGCAAGUUGAAGAGGAGAAGCGGGGGAACGGCACAACCCUUUUGAGUCAUGCACCUUCAGUGGCAACACAAGAAUCCUGGUCUUGGGAGCAGUAUUUGAAAGAACAGAACGCUAUAGCAGCACCUGUUGAGCUGUUUUCCAAGGAUCAAUCCUUUCCGGAGCACGAAAAUGGUUUUCAGGUUGGCAUGAGAUUAGAAGGCAUUGAUCCCCGACAUCCAUCUGUAUUCUGUGUGCUUUCUGUAGCUGAGGUGUGUGGUUACCGGCUAAGACUUCAUUUUGAUGGAUAUUUAAGCUGCUAUGAUUUCUGGACCAAUGCUGGUUCCCCCGACAUUCAUCCAGUAGGGUGGUGUGAAAAGACCAAGCAUGAAUUGCACAUCCCUAAGGGUUAUAGAAAAGAUAAAUUUGUUUGGAUGGAUUACUUGAAGGCCUGCAAAUUGCAAAAUGCUCCUAAGAAAUUAUUCAGGAACAGAAGUUCUAAUGGACCAGUGCCUAAGGAGUUUCAGGUGGGAAUGAAGCUGGAGGCCGUGGACAGGAAGAACCCUUCCUUGGUGUGCGUGGCUACCAUAGCAGAUGUUGUGGAUGACCGCUUACGAGUACAUUUUGACAACUGGGAUGACAGCUACGAUUACUGGUGUGAUGUUAAUAGUCCUUAUGUCCAGCCAGUUGGUUGGUGUCAGGAGAAUGGAAGAACUUUGAUAGCGCCCCAAGGUGAGCAGACUGGGUUUUCUUUGAAGUUAUCUCUGUUGCCUCAUGGUUUUUUGCCAAAUAUGAAACUUGAAGUUGUGGAUAAACGAAACCCCCGGUUAAUUCGUGUUGCAACAAUUAUAGAAGUUGAUGACCAAAGAGUAAAGGUUCACUUUGAUGGUUGGGACCAUAAGUAUGACUAUUGGCAGGAGGCAGACAGCCCUGACAUUCACCCCAUUGGCUGGUGUGAUGUAACAGGACAUCCCCUGGAAGUGCCACAUCGAGCAAAUGAUGUGAAAAUCCUUCCAGGUCAAGCUGUUUGUCCUACACCUGGGUGCCGAGGAAUAGGCCAUAUCCGUGGUCCACGUUAUUCAGGACAUCACAGUGCUUUUGGCUGCCCUUAUUCGGACAUGAACUUGAAAAAGGAGGCAACGCUUCAUGAUCGUCUGAGAGAACAAACACAGGCACAUUUGGAAGCAGACUCUUCACAUUCAAAAUUGAAAAAUCUCUACAGUUUGAACUUCAAUGGAAAACAUGAAACAGUAAACAGUCAGCCCAGACUUGUACAGCAGGCAAAGUGUUUGAAAAUCAAAGGAAAAGAAGAUAUUGACUUGGAUAAUCUCUUCAGAGAAUACUCAGCUGAGCAGAACCAGCAGGCCCUGCACCAAUCGGUCUUCCUGACUUCCAUGUCAGCCCACCCUUCUCGGGAGCUUCCCCUCGGCAGGGAGCAGCACUGCAAGCUGCUGCCAGGUGUAGCUGACAUCCAGGCCAGCCAGGUGGCCCGGUGGACAGUGGACCAGGUGGCUGAGUUUGUACAGUCUCUUUUGGGCUGCGAAGAACAUGCCAAGUGCUUCAAGAAAGAGCAGAUCGAUGGCAAAGCCUUCCUGCUUCUGACACAGACAGACAUCGUCAGAGUGAUGAAGAUCAAGCUGGGCCCCGCGCUGAAGAUCUACAACUCCAUCCUGAUGUUCAGGAACUCCCAGGACCUCACAGAAGAAGACACUGUCACAGGCCAGGAUGUCACAGAGUAAAGGUGCUUUCAAACUCGUGCCAGUGCCAGGACUCUUUCAGCAGUAAAUUGCCACCUGUCAAUUUGAUUUGAAUGUCCCCAUGGUCAUAUCCAUAUUUAAUCUGGACACUUUCAAGUGUCUGUGGCUCAUGUGUAUAGAGGAUUUUGAAGAGUGAUGGUGUGCCAGUGACUCAGAGGCUCAGGCACAAGUGUGGGUUUAAGAAUGUGGUUAUCGUUGAUGGGAUCCUUUCUGCUAUGAUGUGUUGCAACAAACAGACCAAAGAAGCCCACACAUACAUCUGUGUCCUUCCCUCACCAUAAAAGAAGACAUUUUCCAUCUUGCAAGCACAAGUCUCUCAAGUGGUACAAUAUCAGAAAAGCAGAUGCAUCAAUACAUUGUUAGUGUUUUCACCAGAACCACAUCUGAACAUGGCUCAUACCUGCUGACUGGAGGCCUGGCACUUUAAAGACUUCCUGUGAGGCUUUUGUGUACUUUACUCAGGAAAGUAUGACUCUUUAAAAAAAAUAAUAAGCACAUGAUUUUGCAGUUCAUGAAAUCUCUUUUUUAUUCCAUUAACCACUUCUUGGUUGCCGCCCCAAGGAGGCCAGGAGCUUACACAAAAGAACGUGCCCAGGAGCCAUGGGAGAACAGUUGGGUGGGCCCUUCCAGAAGCUGAUAAUACUCUUCUGAGGGUGCCCUAGGGUCCCCAUUCUAACACUGGCAUUGGCUGGUAGGCCAGAUACCACCCACAGUGAAAUUCUCCUGGCUCCCACUCUGUGGAGAGUUCAGGAGUGCUGUUUUUCCCUGCAUCCUGUCGGAUCUAUAUAACAAGUACAUAUGGGCCCUGUGUACACCUUUACAGAACCCUGCCAUUAGGAAGGAAUAUUUCUAAGGUUGGGAGCUCGGUGUCUGUUAUUUGUUUGAAAAAUUCUGACUCAUUAUCAGAUUUUAUUUGUUUUAUAAUUGAUUAUAUCAGAGACCCAAGUUGUGUGGAGUUUGUCCCACAGUUACAAAAAGCAAGUACCUCUUUCUUAGCUUCUUACUGCUCUUCCAUGUAGAGCAGUUAGCUACAAAUGCCCUUAUGGAAGUGGAAACUCAUCAUUUUAGGAUAGGAAGAAAAAAGGGAAUUCAUAGAAAAGAGACUCAGAACUGACCACAUCCAUUUGCUUCCUUAGGAAUGUUAACAGUUUAAGAAAGUUAAUUCUGCUUACAGAAGUUCUCCAAUUUUAGGUAA